GAGAAAUUGAUAAUCUUUACUGGAGUCGUUUGAAUGAAAUUACACUUGACAGGCUGUCUCCAAGCAAAGAAGCAGAGGCAGUGAGAGUCUUAGCCCAGCUUGCAGGGCAGCUAGUGCUAUUGGUGCUUCUUUACACAUUAUUAUUACUACACACUGUAUCAUAUAUCUCAUUCGCCUUUUAUUAGUUCUGCAUAGCAGUUCAUAGAAAGAGGCGACAAUGGAAGAAAACAUGGAAGAAGGACAGACACAAAAAGGUUGCUUUGAAUGCUGCAUAAAAUGCCUUGGGGGUAUUCCCUAUGCAUCGUUGAUUGCUACGAUCCUGCUGUACGCUGGGGUUGCACUGUUUUGUGGAUGUGGUCAUGAAGCCCUCUCUGGCACUGUCAACAUUCUGCAGAAUUAUUUUGAGAUGGCGAGAACUGCUGGGGACACACUUGACGUCUUUACCAUGAUUGAUAUCUUUAAAUAUGUCAUCUACGGGAUUGCUGCUGCCUUUUUCGUUUAUGGCAUUUUGCUGAUGGUUGAAGGAUUCUUCACAACCGGUGCUAUCAAGGAUCUAUAUGGAGACUUCAAAAUCACUACCUGUGGUAGAUGUGUUAGCGCAUGGUUUAUCAUGCUGACAUACCUCUUCAUGCUUGCCUGGCUUGGUGUCACAGCUUUCACUUCUCUGCCUGUCUACAUGUACUUCAAUCUCUGGACAAUUUGCCGAAAUGCAACCUUAGUAGAUGAAGCUAACUUUUGCUUGGAUCUUCGUCAAUUUGGGCUUGUGACUAUCGGAGAAGAGAAGAAAUUAUGUACUGCAUCUGAAAAUUUCCUCCGGAUGUGUGAAUCUACAGAGCUGAACAUGACAUUCCAUCUGUUUAUUGUGGCACUUGCUGGAGCUGGAGCUGCAGUUAUUGCUAUGGUUCACUAUCUUAUGGUUCUGGCAGCUAACUGGGCCUACGUGAAGGAUGCAUGCCGAAUGCAGAAGUAUGAAGACAUCAAGUCAAAGGAAGAGCAGGAACUUCAUGACAUCCAUUCUACCCGCUCUAAAGAGCGGCUCAAUGCUUACACAUAAAACAAAACCUCUCCAUCUUUGUAACAUUUCAAUUCUUUGUUGUUUAACUAACAGCCUCCCUUCCAUUGUAAAAUGAAAAUUAAGUGCUUUUCCUAACUGAUAGGUUGAAUUAUUAAAUACCUGUCAAGAUAACCUUGACUGACCAGCACUUGGCUUCUUCACAGUGGUCUGUGUGACAAUGUCAUAUAAUAUGGAACACCCUUUUAGUCUUUCCUAAGUUGUCAUAAAGUGACUGGUUUCUUAGACCAAGAAACAUACCUGUUAAAUAUAGAUAUUUGUUUCCUUUUUUUAACCACUUUAUAUGUGUUUUGCAUAAAAACAUUUUGCAUUGUUUCCUAUGUUUUUGAAAGAGAAAGCUUUUUAUACUUUUUAGUUUUGAGUUUCAAAAACUAAUUUUACCUACAGGUAAUCUUUAAAGGGACAGCUGUACAGAAAGCAUGUACAAUAAAACUAUUUACAGUUUGAAAUCAUGCAUGAACAGCUUAAGCAUCUAGAUAGUGUUAUGAUCCUAUGAAUUAUCAUAGGUAUAUUCUGUUUGGCAGGUUAAAAGGUGCUUCUCAUGAGUGUUAUCAUAUUAUUAUUGUUCACAAGAAAAACUCCAGUUUUCCUAUUUUCAGCUUCAGUGAUUCAGCUGUUUAAACCUUUAAGCAUGCAUUCUGUAAUGCUAUUGCAUGACCACAUAUUAAAAAUGUUUAUUACCCAGUUAUUUCUGAAAACUGUAUUUGAUGUGUACCCAACAAUUACCUAUUGCUCCGUAAUUACUGUUUAUAAGCAUUCAAAUAUAAUUUGCUGCAAGCUGUUUUAUAGAUAUUGUACAAAUAAGUAUGCCAUCCUUUUAAUAACCAAUUUAUUAAAUAUUCUAAAGUAUUUGUAUUGUCCUAAAAAUAUGAAAAUAUUGCUUUAACUUUCAUAUAGUUUGCAAAAUUCUAAUAAGUUCAGUCAGAACAUAACUGCAACUAGCAGGUUAGGCAAUAAAUCUGCAACAUAAACUUAUCUUUAUUCCUGAAAGCGUGAAACUUGUGAGUGUCUUAAACAAACAUCACUGCAUCUAUUAUUAAGAAUUAAAAUAGCAAUGUUAAUGGACCAAAUUUGGUGUUUUUAUCAGCAGUAUUUUGCCUUUUUUGGAAUGCUGUACAGUGUCUUCAAGUAAACAUUCCUGACGAGACAUUUUUGUCAAUGUGACAAAUCCUGGAUUGUUUUGUGCACUUUAUUGAUCAUUGUGAACUCGCUCAGUGCAAGUGCGUUGUAUAUUUACAAAAAAAAAAAAAAAAUCUCGAGGUAAUUUUUUACGAUAUUAUCACCUACAGCAUCCACUUUAUUUGUAUUUAUUUUUCUAUGGUAUUUUUUAAAGUAUUGGCACGUAAAAAUCAGUAAGAUUUUAUUGUGAGCUUUAUAGGUGAUACCUAUAGUAAUUUGGAUUCAAAGGUACUUGUGUAGUUUUGACAAAAUCUAAACAGACACCACUUUCUUGGGAGUUUCUGUGUCAGCAAAUCUAGUCUCUCUUUCCGGUUUAAUGAUCAUUUUGAGGAAUGUCCAAUAGAAUUUAAUAUGAUAUAAUUAUAUGCAUUAGAUGUGAUUUGGUGUAUAGAUUCAGUAACAUGAAUAUGCACUUAAGUAAAAUUCUACUGUAUUUCUUAUUUUAAAAGGUACAGUUUCUAGAAAAAAAUAAUAAUAUAAAUUGCACUAGUAUUUAUUCUAAUAAAAAUGUAUGUGCAUAUUUUAGUUUGAGUCAUUUUUCAAUGAAUACCAGAAUGAGACUAAUGUAGCGCUAAUAGCAGGACAUUUCCAUGUUUACGCUGAUUUCAUACAAACUUCCAGCGCUAUUGAAUUUUGUAGCCCUAUACAAAUGAAUGUUUAUAAAUAGCCAAGCAUUAUUGUCACAAAAAUAUUUCUACAUUUGCCAAGUUUUUAACUCAGAUCAAAGUUUUUUUAGAGGGCAUUGACCUGUUGUCAGUAGAAGAGCAAAAAUUAGUUUUCGAUAUUCAUAUGCAAAACCAAUUAAUACAUUUGUCUGAAAGUUGUUUAAGUAAACAAAUUAAUGAACAACUAUGAAAAUGUGUUCACUUGUUCAUUUAGUUUCCCCUAUCUAUUAUAUGGAGAAACCAAAUGAAUUAAUGAACACAUUUUAUUAUUCAUUUAUCAGUUUGGAUAGUGAUAUAUACAUUAGUUUUUAUAUUUUUGCACAUCUAGUUGUCAAUAUGUCUAUAAACAUAGAUGGUAAUAUCAGAAGAAUAUGCCUCGAGAGCCAUUUUUCCCAACCAUAUUCAUUAUGAGGAUUUUUGUUUUAAAAUAAUCUUUAUUCACAUUCUUAUACUGUGGUUAUUUGUUGCAUGCUUAUACAUUUAAUAGCAUUACUUUUAUGAUUUUCUUUCUUACACCAUCUGUCAACAGUUUUCAAACAUGCAGUAUUAAGAAAACUUUUACAAAAUAUUCUUUUAAAACUCUUUCAAAUUCUAUAUUGUAGUGUUUCAGUUUUGUGUCUCAGUUUGUGAUUUUUAAAAAACUGUCAUAUUGAUUAGUGUAAUGAUGUUGAUGCUUUUUUGGCUUUCCUCUGUUAUUAGAGUUUGUAUUUUCACACCGAAUGCUUUGUAGCAGGCAAUAUUAAUCUGUUUUGUACAUAAAUGUGCCAACAGCUUGAUGGUGGCGUUUUUGAAAUGUAGAACAAAGUGCUUGCAAAAUGUAAUAAACACACUUGUGUACUUUGUGUA